AAACUCAUAAUUGUAUUUUGUACAGUACUAUGUUACACACUAUCAAUUAAGGAUCUCAAAUCUCAGGAUUCCUUCCUUUCCCACUUCCAUACUUUCAUAGACCCCCCACAAUAAAUACAUCAAGAUUUAGCCAUUAUCAAUUUAUCAUCCCACUUCACAGUCCACACCAAGCUCCAAAACAGUAAAAAAACCUUAAAAUUCCAACAAUUCUUGAAUAUUGUAACCUCAUGUUUAUGUGUUCAUAGAUGGGUUAUCUUUCAUGUAAAGCCGAAUCAUCUGUUUCAGUCUCAGAUUCCAAGAAGACCCAUCACAAGGAGAAGCCUGUUAAAGUCCAGGAAUUCAGUUACAGUGAUCUUGAAGCCGCCACUAAUGGCUUCUCCGACCAGAAGCUUCUUGGGAGGGGCAGCCAUGGCCUAGUCUACAAAGGGGUUCUCCGCAAUGGCCGUUUGGUCGCCGUUAAGAAAUCCUCCAGAGGCUCUAGUUCCACUCCCAGGCUCUCUUCUUCCUCGUCGCCGUUCGACAACUGUAACGAAGUGGAGAACGAAAUCGAUAUUCUGUCGAAAUUGCAGAGCCCCCGGCUGGUAAAUCUCGUCGGGUUUACCACCGACGACCACGACCACGACCGCCGCCUUCUGGUGGUGGAGUUCAUGGCGAACGGGACUCUCUACGACGCCCUCCACGCGGAUUCCCGCCCGCCCGGGUGGGGGAGAAGGGUGAAGAUGGCGCUCCAGACGGCAAAAGCAAUCGAGACCCUCCAUUCCUCCACGCCGCCGGUGAUUCACCGGGAUAUCAAGUCGGCAAACGUGUUGAUAGACCGGAAUCUCAACGCCCGGUUGGGCGAUUUCGGGCUGGCAUUAAGGUGCCAAGAUAAUGACUUUAGGUUAAGGUCCACCCCCCCUGCUGGAACAAUGGGGUAUCUUGAUCCAGGCUAUAUAACCCCAGAUAAUCUGAGCACCAAGACUGAUGUUUUCAGCUUUGGGAUACUCUUAUUAGAGAUAAUCAGUGGCAGAAAAGCCAUUGAUGUGGCUUACUCACCCCCUUCCAUAGUGGAUUGGGCUAUUCCUUUGAUCAGGAGAGGGAAACUCAUGGCUAUAUUCGACCCGAGAAUCCAUCCUCCCAAAGAUCCUCUAGUGAGGAAGCAAUUGGCUGUUGUGGCAGCCAAAUGUGUGAGAUCUUGCAGGGAAAGGAGGCCAAGCAUGAAGGAGAUUGUGGAGUGUUUGGGUGAGUUAAGUAAGGUGGUGCCCCUCCAUUCUUGGAAUGGUUUUGCCAAUCCUUGUUUGAUGGUUGAGACUACUGUGGGGUUGAGAAAGGUGGGUGAAGAAGCCCAGAGCUUUGAUGCCAAAUUCUCAAAGCCAUUGAGGAAUUCGCGGCGAGUUUACUCUGAUUUGGGAUCCCGGAGUAAUCUGAUGGAGUUAAUGGCUGGUGGAGACGAUUUCGUGCCCAAAUCCUCCUCACAAAAGGGCUCUAGUUUGAGAUGUAAAACUGGGAAUUUGGUUGGCAAAGGAAACCAUUCACCAUUCCUUGGUUUGAAGCAAUGAUGAGUGCAUAAUCACCAGCCCAGUCUUUAAUGAUCAAAAUCAUUAUAUAUGCUCUAACUGAUGCAUUUAGAUCAUUGCAGCUAAUGAAACUCUAUUUUGGUCUGCAGAAUGUUAAUCUAUUUGUUUAGCUACAAGCAUAAAUGGUGCUAAUUAAAGCACAGUGUUAGUUUCUGUACCUUUUGGUUGGUUUUGGUGUUCAAGGUUUAAGAAUAAAGAUGUUUUCUUGUGAUGCAUU